UUGCUUGUGAUUGGCUGCCACUAACCCGGAAGUGGCGAACAGCUCUCCAGUUGCGUCUUUCCUUUUUCGCGUCAGUUGCAUGAUUUAAUCCACUUUUUUUGAAUGGAACAUUUGUCAGUUUUCUUCCAAACUCGGUUCCCUUUGGCUCUGUUGACGUUUUGGGUCUUGCUUGAGGCGCAAACGCUCGCAGAGCAACAGGAAUACUGCGACGACGGCGGCUGGUCGUGUGGGUCUCAUUUGAGCGUAGAAGAUGAAGGUCCGUGCAACAUUGAAGUUUUGGACGGUGCCUCGCUGUCAUUACGUCAGUUUUUGGACAAUUAUGCAUACAGCACGCCGGUGAUCAUCACUGGACUGACGCAGAACACUAAAUUUCGUUCCUCGUGCUCCAAGCAGAAUCUGCUGGAUGAGUACGGCGAUCGCCAAGUGCGUCUGAGUACGGCCAACACGUAUUCGUACAGGAAAGUGGACGUGUCGCUGAGGGACUACGUGGACGUCGUCCUCCGGCCGCAGUCUCCCGACGUCCUCGGUAGCGACACGUUAUACCUGUUCGGUGACACCAACUGGAGCGAGUGGCACAAACUUCUGGACCUUUACAAGCCGCCCGCCUACCUGCUACCCGGCACUAGCCGGGCUUUAAGCUUCGGAAUCGCCGGUCCCGGAACUGGCGUCCCUUUCCACUGGCACGGACCGGGGUACUCGGAAGUCAUUUACGGGAGAAAGCGUUGGUUCUUGUACCCGCCCGACCAUGAGCCGCAUUUCCACCCUAAUGUGAGCACUCUGGCGUGGCUGAGGGACGUCUACCCGAAGCUGCCACAGCAACAGGCCCCCUUUGAGUGCACCAUUCGACCUGGACAGGUUCUUUAUUUCCCUGACCGCUGGUGGCACGCCACGCUCAACUUGGACACCAGCGUCUUCAUCUCCACCUUCUUAGGAUGAAGACAACUUUUCACACUUGUAAAAUAAAAUCUUUAAAACGUGAAACGACUGUUUGCAUUGUGUGUGAAUGAGGUGGCACAAGCUUUGGAACAAUAUAGACUUUUAUUAGUUCACUCAAUAAGAAAUGAAAAGACUCAAUGACAACUCAACUUGUCAACACAGGAAGUUGUUCUCCCAACAGCUGCUGCAGCUCACCAAAAUAAAAGCCCCGGAAGCUGUUUGCUUCAGCAUUUGGAGCGUGCCAACUCAACUUCCCGUUGGCCAAAGAAAAAAAAAAAAACUUGCCGUGUAUAAAACCGCAAAAACAAACAAAAAGAUGGUAUGAAAAAGGGUCAAAGUCCAAAGCGAGUCCAGGUUUCGGAAAGAAAAAAAGGUCAACAAACGUGGGGUGCUUGGGGAAUGUUUCACAAUCUUUUAUUCGUUUUGAACCAUAAUGGAAAAAUAGAACCUUUAACAAACGUCUUCAAUUCUCAAGCAAAAAUGUUGAGUGAGCCAAAAGCCAAACCAAGUGCAGCCGCUUCCUUUGGCACCCGCCCCUCAAGUGCUUUCAUCGGGCGACGCGUCGUCGGCGGGAGGGGCUCCGUUGUCUGUCCGUUGUCCGUCCGGUCGGAAGAGACGCCAAAGCAACAAGUCCCGAUUUUAGCCCCUCCCCGCCGCCAGGAGGCGGGGCUUUCAUUU